UUGCCAUGGAGCUGCAAGAAUGGGGAACAAACAGACCAUCUUUACAUCCCAGCAACUGGACGCAUAUCAGGACUGCACUUAUUUCACCAGAAAAGAAAUUCUGAGACUGUUUCAUCGAUACCGAGAUUUGGCUCCGCAGCUCGUGCCGCUGGACUACACGAACCAACCGGAAGUGCGUUUGCCCUACGAGCUGAUCGGCAGCAUGCCGGAACUGAAGGAUAACCCGUUCAGGCAGAGGAUCGCUGAGGUUUUCUCUGAGGACGGAGAAGGGAACAUGACUUUGGACGACUUUCUGGACAUGUUUUCAGUGCUGAGUGAAAUGGCCCCACGGGACCUGAAGGCCUAUUACGCUUUUAAAAUCUACGGUCGCCAUGAAGGAAUGGAUCAAUUUUGGCAGUUGUGUGCUCAAAACGAGCAAUUGAAACAAAGAUACGGGAUCUCCUUUAGGUGCACGUUUACUGCUGGAACUACUGCGUUGAUGCUGCAGCACCCAGCUCUUCGCCUUGACUUGCAGAACCAAUGCAUUCCCACCACGGUUUCAUCAGGGAAGGGUCGUAAGCGGCAUCGCUAA